AUGUCUUCCACGGCUGUUAAAAUCAGAAGAGCAUCAAUGAUAAAGACCCAAAAGAUGAUGCGAGGUCAUACAAAGCUGGUCCGAGGCGUUGCGCACCUGCCUGGUGGGCAGCGCAUCAUCACAUGUUCGAGAGAUGGCUCGCUUCGACUAUGGGACCUAGAGAGCUGUACACAGUUAGGUGAAGAUUGGCGAGAUGAGGGGGAUGAAAUAGGAGUGUGGAGCAUGGCAUUGUCUCCAAACGGCAGAACUAUUGCCAGCAGCUAUCUCGAUGGGACAGUGAGGUUGUGGGACGUUGAGACAAGGAUGGUCAUCACGAAAUGGAAAGAGCCCAGUGAAGACGUCAACUCGAUAUGCUGGAGUCCAGAUGGUUUGCAGGUUGUGAUCGGAUCCGCGGAUGGGACGGCAAGAGUGUGGGAUGUCGAGAGCGGCGAACCAUUGAUGGUCCAAGGUUUGAAUCCAAUCCAAACGGGACACGAGUCGGUAUACGUGGUGAGCUACUCGCCCAAGGCAACAAAGAUCGCGACAGGAGGGUACAACGAAGAUGGAAUCGAAAUCUGGGAUGCAAAGAUAGGCAAGCUGCUCUCAACAAUCAAACACGAAUACGCGGUUUGGAGCUUGGCCUGGACGUCGGAUGAAAAUAAGCUUAUAUCCGGGUCAGGGAAUGGCUCGCUUAGGAUAUUUGACACUGCCACAUGGCACGAGACCGCCGUUCUGGAGGGUCACAACCAGGUUGUUGAGGCCAUCACUUUAUUUCGCAAUGACCGCCUUCUUGCGAGCACAUCAUGGGACAAAACGGCACGUCUCUGGAAUUUGGACACUAACAUCUCUAUCGGUCUACCCCUCAAGCACGAAAAGGACGUCGAGUAUGCAGCCUUUUCUGCUGAUGGAAAGAUGCUAUCCACGGCUUGCGCUGAUGAAAACGCGUACGUGUGGAACAUUCACGCCAUCCUCAAAGCCGCUGGCCUAGAAAACCUCCUGUCCAUACCUGCACAACAAUCUGGACUCAAGCAACCGGAGAAGUCGUUCUCAGAUGGACUGGUUAAUACUACGCGACGGCCACCCCCCCUUCAACUACCAGGCUUGCUUGAUGACUUACAAGACUAUGAUCCUUUCCCCAAUGACAGCAGUCUCCAUCCUCAUCCCUUUGUGCAUCGUCGCCGCAGUGCUUUUGCACCCUUCUUGGAGUCACGUAGGCUCCAAGUCCGCCUUCCGCCACUCUUCCACCCCUCACUGCCCGACACUGAUGAGCUAAUUGAACUCCAACAACGCCCGAGGCCCAGCACUUCCUCUAUUCGCAGUCCUCAUGUUGUCGAGGUUGCUGCGCAACAAGACAACCAGGUGUUGCACGUCGCCCGGCGGCCGGAACGAGCUAGCGACAAGGCGAAACGCAUCAAGAACUCUACAUGGUGGAAUCGUUUCGUACUGUUCCUCUGUUGUGUGCCUCAUUAUCCCGUUGACGGUCCAACGCUACGUGCUGGAUAUUUCAUCCACAUUCUCGAGCGCUCCACUGAGUCAUGCAUGGAUGCAUCUCGGAAGAGUUAUCUACUCGCCUGUUCGCUCGAACUUGGUAUCGCAUCCGAACACCCUAAACCUUCUGCAGGUCUCCUUGCUUUUCAAUGCGAGGUUCGCUUGAUUCUAGCCCAGUCAGAAUUAGGUCAUUCUGCGUGUGGUGCUCACGACGUCGCCUUGCGCUCGGGGGUGGUGUCCGCUGAACACUGGAGAAAUAUCCAAACUUCCGCAAAUCCCAAUGAGUUCACGAUUACAUCCACAGCAACCGAACCUCAGCGAUCUCAAACGCCUUCGGGGUGCGUUACUUGGUCGCAUAUCCCUUCCGCUCUCCCCCCAAUGCCGAUGAAGCAAACGAACUUCAACAAUGACCAAGGCAAACUACCUCCUCCGAUUGUAGUCCUUGUGUUGUCGAAGUUGCUGCACAACGAGACAAGCAGGCAUUGUAUGUUACUCGCCGACCGAAAACAGCUAGUGAAAAUGCGAAACGCAUAA